UACGUCCGAUACCAGCCACCCUCGUUCUCGUCGGUGUUCCCGAGCCUGGUGCAGAACUUGGUUGAGCACGACCCGCCUUGCCGUCACGUGGCAGCAUCUACUACGUUUCAUGAAGGUGUCAUCCUUUCUGUGCUGCAUUCCUCACAAACAUGUCCAUAGAACACAGGAGGCAGCGUCAGCUCCCGUUACAAAACCCGCAAAGCCUACGAAAUCAUCCGAACCAGGUCCAUACUCUGCCGCGUCUGCCACAUCCCUCUUCAGCUCGUAUGCCGACCCGGAUGAUCCAACUGUCGUAGGCCCAGAGGGCUUCGAGCGACUCUGUUCGGAUGCCGACAUUUCAUUGGAAGGUGCUCUGCCUCUCAUUCUAGCAUGGCAGCUGCAAGCUAGUGAGAUGGCGAAGAUCAGCAAAAGUGAAUGGGAGAAGGCAACGACAGAUCUCCGAAUCUCGAGUCUGCCAGCGCUUUCCGCCGCUCUCCAUGACCUAGAAGACCUCCUACUCUUGAACAAACCAGCGUUGAGGCCGUCAGCGCAGGUUCCUGCCCCGGCGAAGAAGAAGCCAACUGCGUCGUCCGCUCCUUCUGAUCCUUACAAUCGCUCUCGAUACUACGGGUAUGCCUCAGACACGAAGAAAGCCUUCAACGAGCUUUAUGCCUUCUGCUUCGCGCUCGCGAAGCCACCAGGAGCAAGAAAUAUUGACAUGGAUACUGCGAGCGCCUUUUGGUCGGUGUUGUUGGUACCCAAACACCCUCUGAUGUCCGAUAUUCUUCGAUUCAUCAAUGAGAGGGGUACGUACAAAGGCGUGAACAAGGACCUAUGGAGCAUGACACUGGAGUUCGUCCGUGUGGUCCGGCCUGAUCUAUCUAACUAUGAUCCAGAGGGGGCCUGGCCGACCUUACUGGACGACUUCGUCACCUGGAAGAACAGUAAUAGCGCAGGUGUAGAUGCCCCUAUACAAGUCGAUGCAUAGGACGUACCCUACGUCCUUUAGACUCACGCGAACAGUACAUCUAUAGAGUAACUGACCUCAUAAUGCUCCCAUGUCACUAUCACUGCAGCUGGCUUUUACUCGUUUCUAUCUAAUCCGUUUCUGAGGCCUUUAAAUGUCCGUAUCGUCCUGCACUUUCGAAUUAAUUGCAAUUGCCUGGAC